UCAAUAAUUUCAUGGUAGCACCUAAUAAAAGAAAUGUAAGAGGCAAAACUAGAGGUGUCAUUCUUGACAAACUUAUUGAAGCUAAUGGGGGCAAACCUCUUCCGAUCACAAUCAAGCCAUCAGAUGGGAAGCAAACAGGAAAAUAUUGUGAGAAAUUGUCAAAUGAGAUUGGGUUAACAGUGAGACAACAUGCACCUGUUAGAGUGGAAAAAUGGAAGCAAAUGCCUCGAGCUGAGAUCAAUACAAUGCUUGAUCGAAUCAAGGAAAAGUUUGCCCUAGAUUUGACACAAGAGCAUGUGAAGAAAAGUUUAGAAAAACAAUUAUCUGACCGGUUUAGAAAUUGGAGAUGCGAUUUGCACAAGCACUUCAAAAAGUUCCCAACUGUGGUGGAGGCUAAGCGAAAUCCUCAUGAAUCUGUGUCAAAUCAGGAAGAUUGGGACUAUCUUUGUGAUAGAUUUUCAAGUGAAGAAUUUAAGAAGAUGUUGGAGCUCCAACGCCAGCCUAUUGCAGAAGGAGCUGUGGCUAUGACUGAGGCAAAAAUUUGUGAGAGAGUUUUGGGACAAAAAUCAGGAUAUGUCAAGGGCCUUGGUUUUGGCCCUAAACCAAUCUCAUUUUCUAAAUCUAGACCAUCAUCUUCUGAGCGUGAAAUUGAGUUGGAGCAUAGACUUGUUGAGACUCAACUACUUGUGGAGACUCAACAACAACAACUUGAGACUCAACAAGAUCGAAUUGACCAAUUGGAGGCCUUGGUACAAAAACAAAACCAACAACAUCAUCAACAAUUUGAAGAAAUAUUGCGUCAUCUACGAUCAAGCCAAGGGUCCUCAUGA